AUGGCUUCUCGUCUCCAGUCUAUGGCCUCUCAUGUAUUCCUUGAAGAGACUACGCGCUCUUCUGAUUCCAACCAGGCGACCACGCAUUCGCUUGGCUCCCGGUCCUCUUCUACUGGUCCUUCAUCCACCAUGCACUUUUCGCCCACUCCUACUGGUACCGGUGGCGGUGGCUGUGGAGAUCAGCAUUCUGCUGGUGGUCCUUCCUCUAUGAUGAUGAUGAUGCAUCGGCCAAACCAGCAGUCACAACCUCCAGGACGCCGAAUGACACCUCCGCCCAUGCCAUCGGCUGGCGGUCCAGUGACGUCUACCUCAAUGUCUACAGCCUCAUCUUCGUCAGCUCUCUACCCGAUAGCAACCGUGAUCCCGGGAGCUCCUCUGAUGAGCAGUCAGGCGAUCGCCGCCGGCAAUGCGGUUGUCGGCAGUGGAGGCCUUGGCGGCGGAGCUUGUAGUGGGCCAAGCAGUGGUCACAACACUCCACGUGGACCGGGAGGUCUAGGUCCACUGGCUAGGUCGGCCCGUUCGGGUGAUCCUGAGCUGCGCUCCCUGACCGAUAUCACAAAGGACGAUUUAGUGAGUUUUAGCGAUAUACGAUUAUUCGAGCCUGAGCAAAUAUGA